AUUUAAGAGAAUUUUGUGAAACUGAAAAUGCCUUUGCGCCGUAGCAAGGUCCUUGUCAAGUGGAUAUUCGAGAAUCAGCACAAGUUCCAGACAGUGCGGUGCUGUAGUUCUUCGUUGCGUUACAAGGAACAACUAGAAGAGACUAGUGCGGCGCCCGAGCUUGUAGCACCGGCUCCUACGCCCAAUGCCAAGCCCCGCCCAGACCUCACUCCUGAGAUAUCAUUCAAGGUAAAUCAAUUGAAUACUUAGUUAUUUAUUGCAGCUACGUAUUGCUGUUCGAGCGAUAGAUGGAGGAUUCAUUUGUACCAGUCAAUUCUGGCUAUUCUCAAUUAUAGCUUUACUUACUAUUAUAAUUUGGUUGUCACUAUCAACCAAGGCGGAAAAACUCUUAAUUUAACUCUAAAUUGGAUUUAAUCUACAGAAAAGAUAUUUCGUUAUCACGGGUCCGGUACAUAAACAUAUAGAAAGGUCUAUACAAACUUCGAGAAAAAUUUAAGAUAGACAAUGCGUGUUUACUAAUAAAGUAGGCUUAAGUAUUCUUACUUAUCAAAGGAUAUCUCUUGUUAACUAUUGAUUUAUAAGGUCGAAUGAUGCGUACGAAAAGUAUGUAACGUCAUCAUAGUUUGAUUUGAGGGUGUAACACAGAAACAAAUAAAUUGCUAACACGAAAGGACGACAGUGAUAAGCGCCUCCUUUUCUUUUGCAUAUUCUUUGAAACAUUGAAGCGUAAUGAUAAUGAUGCUGUAUCACGCCAUACGAGAUAACAAUUUCUUAAAUUCAAACACUGUAUCAAUUGUUUAAUGAUAAAGUUUAAUUUCACGAGUCACAUAGUACAAUCACCCGAAAAUUUUGAAGGGAGCCCAAAUUAAUAAUAUAAUAAGUAUACAGUCAAUCUAUAGAAUAUUUAGGUAUUUAGAGUCAAUCUAUAGAAUAAAUAAUAUUUAGGAAUUGUAUCACAUACAACCGGGAGCGAUCACCGAAUGUUACGAGGCACAUUGAAUAUUCGUGUCAAAGCCGAGCGGUCCUGACUGAUGAAGUCUACUCUACGUCCCACACCUGCCGAGUACGAAAAUCCCGAGAGCUUUCGACUCGAACUCCAAAAUCGCUUCCAAUGCCUAGACGAGUGCGAAACGGCGAACGAUAUGAGCAACAAGUUUGUGGAAACUGUACACACGGUUGGGUCAAAAAUUUUCAGGACCCGCCGUGCUCCUAGAACCGGAAAACUCUCUGACCACACUCUUGAGCUCAUGGAGUGGAGGAGGGAAAUGACGGUGCAGUCUCCAGCCUCCUGGUCUAAGAUGAGGCAGCUAAAUAGACAGAUCUCGAAGUCUGUGCGACGCGAUAUUCGACUCUACAAUACCAAGCGUAUUAAAGAGGCGAUAGAGCGGAACGAAGGCUCCAAAGUGUUCGCAAAAGAUCUGUCUGCUGGGCAGACUCAGUUGACCAGACUGAAGACCGACAACGGCACUGUCAUUUCUUCCAAAGAUGAGAUCUUGAGCGAGGUCGAGCUGUUCUAUGGACAGUUGUAUAAAACAUCCCAAACUCCUGUUGUCGGCUUGGUCCAAGAUCCACGAUCCAAGCUAACCCGACACUAUACCGAGGACAUCCCGGAUGUCAGCCUGUACGAGAUCAGAAUGGCUCUCAAGCAGCUUAAAAACAGUAAAGCACCGGGCGAUGACGGAAUCACUACGGAGCUUCUGAAGGCGGGCGGUAAGCCGGUCCUCGUGGCCCUUCAGAAGCUAUUCGACUCUGUCAUCCUCGGGGGCAUUGUUCCAGGGGCGUGGACCAGGAGCGUGGUGGUAUUGUUCUUCAAGAAAGGCGAUAAAACCCGCUUGAAGAACUAUCGACCUAUCUCGCUCUUGAGCCACGUCUAUAAGUUGUUUUCGAGAGUCAUUACAAAUCGACUUUCGCGCAGGUUCGACGACUUCAAGCCGGUUUCCGAAAGGGCUUUAGUACCAUGGACCACAUACAUACGCUGCGUCAGAUCAUACAGAAGACCGAGGAGUAUAAUCGGCCUUUGUGUCUAGCGUAUGUGGACUAUGAGAAGGCCUUCGAUUCGGUCGAGACUUGGGCGGUGCUGCUGUCCCUCCAGCGGUGCCAAAUUGACUAUCGAUAUCGAAGUGUUGAAGUGUUUGUAUAGAAACGCCACUAUGUCAGUCCGAAUCCAGGAGAGAAGUACGAGGCCGAUUCCAUUGCAGAAGGGUGUCAGACAGGGUGACGUAAUUUCCCCGAAACUGUUCACCGCUGCAUUGGAAGACGUCUUCAAGCUUCUGGAUUGGACCGAACUCGGCAUCAACAUCAACGGCGAAUACAUCACUCACCUUCGAUUUGUAGACGAUAUCGUGGUUAUGGCAGAAUCCCUGGAGGACCUUGGCACAAUGCUCAAUGACCUCAGCAGAGUUUCCCAACGGGUUGGUUUAAGGAUGAACAUGGAUAAAACCAAGGUCAUGUUCAAUGUCCAUGUCACUCCAGCACCAGUAUCUGUUGGGAAUGCGAUUCUCGAAGUUGUCGAUCAUUACGUCUACCUAGGACAAACAGUCCAGUUGGGCAAAUCCAACUUCGAGAAAGAGGUCAACCGACGAUCCAACUCGGAUGGGCAGCGUUCGGGAAGCUUAGGCAUAUCCUCACGGCCAAAAUUCCCCAGUGCCUGAAAAGAAAGGUCUAUGACCAGUGUGUGUUACCAGUGAUGACUUAUGGGACUGAGACGUGGUCUCUGAAUGUCGGCCUCAUAACAAAACUCAAAGUCGCGCAGCGUGCUAUGGAGAGGGCUAUGCUCGGUGUUUCCCUACGUGAUAAGAUCCGGAAUACGGAGAUCCGUAGAAUGACCGGUGUGUACGACAUAGCCCGAAGAGUUAGCACGCUGAAGUGGCAAUGGGCAGGCCACAUCGCUCGAGGACCUGACAACCGUUGGGUAAGAAAGGUCCUCGAGUGGCGACCACGUACCGGACGACGCAGCGUGGGGCGGCCCCCAACACGGUGGACUGACGACAUCGUCAAAUGUGCUGGGAGCCGCUGGAUGCGGAUAGCGCAGGACCGCGCAUUGUGGCGUUCUAUGGGGGAGGCCUAUGUCCUGCAGUGGACGGAAAAAGGCUGAUGGAUGGAUGGAUGAUCACAUACAAGCACUAGAAGUAAUAGUAUACGAUGACCUGCGGGUUAGCUUAGCGGCGCCCUAUCAGCUGCAACCCAAACCAGAAGUCGAGGAACUAGGCUUCGGAAGAUAUUUCACAGACCACAUGCUCAAAAUAUAUUACCACAGGGCGCUGGGUGGCUGGCAGAAACCAGAAAUAAUGCCAUUCGAAAACUUAAGCAUACAUCCCGCAGCCAAAGCUUUGCAUUAUGCAGUGCAGUUGUUCGAAGGAUUAAAAGCGUACAGGGGUAGAGAUGACAAGAUUCGGUUGUUUCGGCCGGAGCUCAACAUGGAAAGAAUGAACUUGGCGGCUCAGCGGUCAGGCCUGCCAAUGUUCGACGGAGAUGAACUGGUGAAGUGCAUAUCGCGGUUGGUGCAGAUUGAUCAGGAAUGGGUACCGCACUCAGAAACGUCCACGUUGUACAUAAGGCCAACUUUAAUAGGUGUUGAUCCAACUUUUGGUAUUCAAGCACCAGACUCGGCCCUGUUGUUUGCAGUCCUGAGCCCAGUGAGCGCCUAUUACAAAAAGAGCAGAGAUGGUGCAGUCUCCAUAUUCGCCGACCCUAACGUAGUUCGGGCAUUCCCCGGGGGUGCAGGGAAUAGGAAAGUCGGAUCAAAUUACGGACCCACUAUUGAGGCGACGUCAAGGGCGGAAAAGUUAGGACAUCAACAGGUGCUGUGGCUGUUCGGACCCAACCACGAACUCACGGAGGUCGGCGCCAUGAACAUAUUCAUAGUUUACAUCAACGAACAUGGAGAUAAGCAACUCGCCACGCCGCCCCUGAACGGGUUGAUACUGCCGGGCGUCACGCGGCGGUCCAUCCUCGAACUGGCCAGCCAAUGGGAGGACUUGACCGUCAAGGAGGAAGUCAUUACCAUGAACAACCUUAUUGAACUCAACAAACAAGGAAGAUUGUUGGAGAUGUUUGGUGCCGGCACGGCAGUAGUAAUCAGUCCCAUAAGCCGAGUGGGAUUCUUGGACAUGGAUGUCAACAUCCCUACCAUGAAACAGCCUGCGCCCGUGUACCAGCGGGUCAAGGACACGCUGCUCGCGAUACAGUACGGCCACAUAGAGCAUCCUUACGCGAGGAUUAUAUCAUGAGUGUUAACGAAACAGUGUGUGCAAAUUCUUAUCAUAG